AAAAUUAUGAUAGUGGUUAUUUUCUACAUUAUCUUAGGAACUACUGUUCUAUCAGAUUCAAAGUCCAUCAGAAUGCUGGAAUUAGUAUGUUUAACUGAAUACAUUUAUAAAAGAUUAGAUUUCAAUUAUUAGAAUUGAUUUGAAAUUUGCUUGUUGUAAUGUGGUUUCAGUACGUCCUUUUAAACAAACGUGAGUAAAUUAUCGUUAGUAAAUUACAACUUUUAUAAUUUCAACUAGCUGUAAAUCAUAUUAUUUUAAAUUAUAUCAGCUAUAAAUUAAAUUUAAGGUCCGCGAAAUGUUCCAGAUCCUUCAGUUGCUGUUUUAAAUAUUUAACACAGAUUUGAUAAAUGUAUGAUAAAUAACAAUAUAAUCGAUUAUAUUUCUACCAAAAGUCACACGUUGGCCAUUUCGAGCAUGUCUGAUAAUUCCGCCACUUAACUCCCGCGUUCCCAGGAGGUGUCAGCAACGUCCGAGUAAAGCUCUUCAUUGUCAGUUACAUAACUCGGUGACAAUCGAAACGACCAAUUUCAAUCAUCGCUAGCUGCAAAGUCAACGACGUCCGCUCUCUUCGUAGAUUUCGAGGGAUUUCGUAGGUGAAGGAAGAGGUCCGGCCACAGUGGGACAAAGAUAGCCUGAAGAGGAAGCCCGAAGAGGCUGGCGUCGCCACGGUCGUCGGCCACGAAGAGGUCCGGCAGUGCUGCAUCGAGCCUCGCGCUAUAUCGAGCCGAACACGUUCUUUCUCUCUCUUUCUCUGCCUCUUUCUCUCUCUCUCUCAGACUUCGGUUCAGCCAUCGUACGGAAGACAGUUCGAGGAGACACCUCGAGGGCUUUCCCCACUUUCCUCGACCGAUCACCGCGGAAAUCACUCCGGCGGAUCGAUGAGGAUCUUUCGACGCUCGAUGGUCCGAGAACCGUCGAAAAGCUGGCCAGGAACGGAGUGAUCGUCGAGCCCGACCGAGGCUCGACGUGGAAGAGGAAGAGGAGGAACGUGGAUCAUGGGCAACGCCACCACAAAGAGCCACUACUCGAAGAGUCAGCCUGUCUCUGCCACCAGGAGGCCACGCUGGGAGGGAUCAGGACUGCCGGCGCCGCCAGGGAAACCAAUAUUAAUACCAGGAGCCGACGAAUCGCAGCCGGAUGUGGUCGCCAUCCGUUGGGAGAGGUCACCGAGUAACGGUGGCUCGGCCAUUGUCGGCUACCUGGUCGAACAUCGAAGGCUCGGUUCGCAGCACUGGGUGCGCAGCACGCCGGGGCUUUGCACCUUCCCGGAAGUGACCUUGAGCGGCCUCGAGCCAGGAUGGCGCUAUCAAUUCAGGAUCAGGGCUCAGAACGCGGUUGGCUUCUCCCGACCCAGCGAGAUCUCGGAUUCCUUGACAGUGACUUUGCAGAGGUCCGCUUCAUCCGCGCCUUACUUCGACCUCGAGGUCAAGGACACCACGGUACUGGAGAACGAACAGGCUGAAUUUGUGAUACGAUUUGGCGGGUCACCGCUACCAAAAAUCGCAUGGUUCAAAGAUGGCUUCGAGAUCUUCAGUAGCAGACGAACGAGGAUCAUUACAGAAAGUGGCAGGAGCGUUCUCCUGAUUCAUCAAACCGCACUUAACGACGAAGGGGAAAUAAAAUGCACCGCCACUAACAGAGCUGGUCACACUAGCACCAAAGCCAGAUUAAUUCUAGAAGCCCCUCCAAAGAUACGACUUCCACGUCAGUACGAAGAUGGUCUUCUUUUUGAACAAGAUGAGACUAUUAGAUUGAAAGUGUCGUUAGCCGGAAGACCUCCACCUUCGGUAAUUUGGUACCACGACAGCGAGGUGGUUUCAAACGACGAAAGACACAUUUUCGAAGCGAUGGAUGGCGAGUCUAUUUUGAAAAUCCCUGAUGCUAAACGAGUGGACAGAGGAGAGUACACUGUUAAGGCGAUAAAUAAGCUUGGAGAGGACACGUCGUCGUUUCUGGUGACCGUAACAGAUCGACCAGCAGCACCUGGAAAAGCAACAGUCACGAUGACGUUAGGCAGAUCCGUGACAUUGUCUUGGGAAGAACCACGAGACGAUGGUGGUUGCAAAAUUGGCACAUACAUUGUCGAGUAUUAUAGAAUUGGUUGGGACGUGUGGUUGAAGGCAACGACCAGUAGACAAACGAAAGCAACGCUGUCCGAGUUGAUCGAAGGGUCUGAGUAUAAAUUUCGAGUGAAAGCUGAGAAUCCGUACGGUGUGAGCGAGCCAAGCGAGGAGAGCGACGUAAUCUUCAUUCCAGAUAUAAAAAGAGGCAUAAUGACGCCCUCGUUGAGCGAAAAGUCGCAGAGUCAUAGAGAAAUCAGAUCGCGAGAGAAACGUGAAGUCAGUUUCGCAGUGCCUACUCAAAGAACGAGAAGCUUGACAAGAGAGGAGGCUCGAAGCCGGGACAAAGAUGACGACGUACAUUUCGCACCAGCUAGUCGAUCGGUAUCAGCUCAGAGGCUUACCGGAAGGCCAUCUAGAGCCGACAGUAGAGUGACGUUUGCCUUGGACACGAUAGACAAUUCAGACGCACCUGUUGCUCCGGCUAGAUCGAAGGAUCAUUCCAUUUCAAAGGUUGAAGGCCAGGUUGGAAAUCACGUGGAUCGUUCGAGUAACUUAAUUCAAAAUAAGGAGCCUCCACCAAUGCCAGUUUCUUCUACGAACGUGAUAGUGACACCACCAACGAUGGAAGAACCCAGUAGACGUUCAGCGUUCAGAGAGUCACGAUCUCGUUCAGUUUCAAUAUCCAGAGAGCGCAGUAUGUCACCAUUGUCAAUGCCCAAAAUUCAAGAACAGCACGAAGAGGAAGCUUCUUCAAGUUACUCACCUUUUCGUCCGUCGACGAACUUAACUUUGAAAAAGCAACAAGCGAUCGUUGAUGAACCUGAACUACAGUUCGUCAAGAGUCACUCGUUAGAUGACAAACCAACAUUACCUACCUCUCCUAGAGAGAACGAUGACACUGUUUUGCACGGAAGUUCAGAGUUUAUGCUAGUUUUAUACCCUGAGGAUCAAGAAAAGAAACCGGAGGAUACUGUUGAAAGGCGAAAGAGCUUAGAAACACCGCGAAUCACCACAGACAUCACAGCAGACGUCACAGAGGACAUCGAAGACUUGAUACCACCACCCAUGUCUCUCUCUCUUCCAGAGUUAUUCAGCGCGGAACAUCAAGUAGUGGAAACCCUCCGCGAGGCGGUCAGCUCCACGGAACUUCUCCACGAACGCGCCAUGGAACGAUUCUAUCGCGCGGUCGCGGCCGAAGAAGCUUCCGAAGUGGCGAAAAGAAAGGUGCAACUCGAGCGUAAAAUCGGAGAGCUGGCGACCACAGAAGGCAAGCCGGUGAUCGAGAUGGAAAACGACGUCUUCAAACGGCGAUUAUCCAACACCACUAUCGCUUCCCCGAAUUUAAUGAACUGGCAGUCAAAGAAGAAUCGCAGAAGACUGAGCGAGGGUCAAGCAGAGACUGUGAAAACCCCCAACUUGAGACUACUAACGUCAAAUUUGCUGCCAGAAGUUGAAGCAGUGUCCGAUCCCAACAUACUCAGCGAUUCGGAGACACCGAUCGUCCCUCCGUGGGGGUUGGACAAACCGGAAGAAACGCCACUGCGCAGGUGGCACGACACCAACGUGCCAUUGGUCGAGGAGAAACCACCGGAAGAAUCGAUACUCUGGCAGUCCAGCUCCAAUGAGGACAUUCCGCGCAACGAGGGGCUGCUCCCUGACACUGAAACCUCGCAAUCGAAGAAAGAAACGAAAGAGGAGACGGAGGAUGAGGAAGAAGAGAGCAUAGAAACUUCCGAGGAAUCGUCGGAAGAGAUCAGCAGCGCCGACAGCGAGGAUUUGAAACUUCUAAAGGCUAGAAUCCUCGCCAGACAGGUGCUAGACGAAGAAGACACGUAUCAUCCGAGGGGAAGACCUAUUCCGCAUGUCGAACCAGAACCACCAGCCAUUUCCAUGCACAGAGUGCCUAUUGUAGACGUUACACCACCCACGCCGCCGACGACAAUUGCCCCUGUAUUGUCAACCACAGUCGUUCCUAAAUCGAUUCUGAAGAAACCUAAGGAAGAACCGAUUCCAGUGAACAGCUUCGGUAGACCGAUUCCUCCUGAGAAACCUAUCAGGAAAUCUUUGCCUCCAAAUGUUCAAGCUGUAAACAGGAACGAAGAGGAGAACACUGUGGAACCACAAGUCACACCCGAGUCAAUUAAAGUACCUGUCAUGUCUGAAUCCGAUACUGACAGUGUAUUAUCCGCUGGCGAAGCAGCGAAGAAUCGUAGGAUUCAGGCAAAGGCAAGGACAGCAACGCCCGAGGAGGAGAUCGACGAGGAAGACAUCGAGGCGCGGAUGGCGAUGGUUAAUCAUUACACCGAGAUUGUCAGAGAACACUCGAGUCGGUUUAAUUACAGAAGCUCCGAGGAGAGGAAGCUCGACAAUACGACUAGCUCCAGGAGAUCCUCUUUUUCCGAGGAUCAUGAUCCGAAUCAGGCAAAGGAUCGCGUGGCGAGCGUGGUCCCGGAGAAGCUGAACGAAAGGCAGGAUUCCAGGGAAACUGGACAGGUGCAACAGACGAAAGUGAAGAAGAGAAGCGAAGUCGACAGAGAAGAGAAGCAGCAGGUUAAUAAGAGGAGUGCCGGUUCUCGAGGAACCACUCCAGCUAGAGACACGAAGCCUGCGAAGGAGAAACGAACGAGCAGGCCAAGUUCCAGGAAUCAAUCCCCUGUAUCAAGAUCGAGGAACGUGUCUGUUGAGAGAGCAGUCUCCUCGAGGUCUUCGUCAAAGACCAGAGUUCGAGCUCCGUCGCAAGAUAGAAGACCACCUUCGAGAACUGAUACCGAGGAGCAACGGUUCGUUCGGGAGAGAUCCGUCGACGAAGGUCCACGUCGGUCGAGGAAACCUUCUUCCAAGACGCCUUCCAGAUCUAGUUCUAGAGACAGGAGCAGAGCCGAGACGCCAGUCGAGUUGAAGAUGGAACGUUUGCAGAAAGCUCUCGAGAGUAAGAAGUAUAGAUCCUCUAGACGCGGGUCUAGCGCGAAGAGAGAGUACCCUGAGAAAGCUUGGAGAGAGAGCCGAUUGAACGAGGAAAGAUUGGCGAUAGAGGCGAAGCACAACGUCAGGUCGAUGGUGGGAUACGUGACCGACCUGACUCUAUUAUUGGCGGCUGUUUAUAUUUAUUUGUUUAAGAAGGAGACUAUGGCGAUUCCUUUCAUUGCGCUGUUGCUUUAUAGGAGAGUUUCGGAGGAGAUUAAGGGGAGAGUGUUGGAAGGCUGGUGGUCCAAGCGAAAGCAAUGAUGUUUGAUAUGGAAAUUUGUUAAUUAAAGUUUCUGCGAUUAAAUGUUCAAUGAAAGUUAAACGAGAUGAAAGUAACGUAACGAUGAUACUUGUAACUGGAACCCACAGGAAUGUGAAUUUUUCAAUAAUAAUUAGAAUCAAUCUGGAAUGAUAAUAACGAUGAUUUAAAUAAGAGUAUCAGUAUUUUAUAAUAGAAGAAUGAAAUUCGAAUUCAAAAUGAAAAUAACGAUGAUAUUUAAAGUCGUCGUUAGUGCGAACUUGUUUGCACUUUGCAAUAGAAAAUUUCGAAUGAAUUCGAAGCGAAAGUAAGAAUGAAAUUUGCAACAGAAGUGUAUGGGAAAUGUCGGCAGCAUGCAGUAGAGAAUUUCCAAUGAAAUUCGAAUGAAUCUGAAACGACUAUGCUUGAGGUAAGAGCAACGACGAUGUUCGAAGUCAAAAAAAAUUUUCAAUUUGAAUGAAAUUCGAAUGAAUUCGAACGAUAUUCGAUUUCGCUUGAAGGACAACUGUUAAUUCACGCGAAAGACCGGAAUUCUUCGACAUUGGGGAUUGUUACGAAGAAGAUUCAAAGAGCAAAUUCCUUUGUGCAACAAUUGUAGCGUGUUGAUUCUCGACCUUCUAAGGUUGCAGACUUUGAGAUACAAUCUGUCAAACGCAUCGAUCGAUGGCACAAAUUGUUGUAUUUCAUUGAGGAAUUACACCAAACGAGCACCAAAGAUGAAUAGUCUAGAAUAUUCUAAGGUAUUAUAUUUAACGAGGAUGAUAUAUUAUUAUAAAUUAUUAUUAUUAUUAUUAUUAUUAUUUAUUCCUAUUUAUUAUGGAUAUUCUUACUCGCAAUAAAUAUGUACAUAACUGUUGAAUUUGACUGACCGAUCUUCUUCUGAGUUUAAUUAUCCUAUUCCGUGUGUUUCUUACUUUAAUUAAGCGACAUAAUUAUUCCAAAUGCAAAUAAACGUGUUUUAAAUUCUUCCGCUAAUACUGAAAUUCUUAGCAUGGGAAAUAU